UGGGGAAAAGCCUUUUGAAUGUACAGUGUGCCACAAGACGUUUUCACUCCGUGGAAACCUGCACUCUCAUAUGCGAACCCACACUGGGGAAAAGCCUUUUGAAUGUACAGUGUGCCACAAGACGUUUUCAGAAAGUGGAUCCCUGCGCAAACAUCUGCUUACCCACACUGGAGAAAAGCCUUUUGAGUGUUCAGCGUGUUGCAAGACGUUUUCACGAAAUGGAGACCUGCGGAAACAUAUGCGAACCCACACUGGAGAAAAGCCUUUUGAAUGUACAGUGUGCCACAAGACGUUUUCAAUAAGCACAAAUCUUCGAGCUCAUCUUCGAACUCACACUGGAGAAAAGCCUUUUGAGUGUACGGUGUGCCACAAGACAUUUUCAAAAAGUGGACACCUGCGCACACAUUUGCGAACCCACACUGGAGAAAAACCUUUUGAAUGUACAGUGUGCCACAAGACAUUUUCAGAAAGUGGAAACCUGCGCAAACAUCUGCUUACCCACACUGGAGAAAAGCCUUUUGAGUGUACUGUGUGUCACAUGACGUUUGCAGAAAGUGGACACCUGCGGAGACAUAUGCUAACCCACACUGGAGAAAAGCCUUUUGAGUGUACAGUGUGCAACAAGACAUUUUCAGUAAGUGGAUCCCUGCGCAAACAUCUGCUUACCCACACUGGAGAAAAGCCUUUUAAGUGUUCAGCGUGUUGCAAGACGUUUUCACGAAAUGGAGACCUGCGGAAACAUCUACGAACCCACACUGGAGAAAAGCCUUUUGAGUGUACAGUCUGCCAAAAGAAAUUUUCUCAAAGUUCUAAUUUGCGCUCACAUUUGCAAACACACUUAAAAGACAACUCUUUUCUAUCAAACCCUUGUACUUUCUAAUGUGUGUUUGCCAUUUUGCUCAAUGUCGCGCCAGUUCUUUUUCCUCUACCUGACAAUACGGAAAUUUAUUUUUGACAUGUGUCAGGCGACUCAUCAUUCAGGUAUAAUUUUGUGUGUAAUAGACUAGAUGUACAUUCCUUUGAUUUAUAAUCUGAAUUUUUCCAAGCUUUUUCAA